AUGAAGACGGAAUUCAAGUUUUCGAACCUCCUGGGCACCGUGUACCGCAAAGGCAACCUGGUCUACACCAAAGAUGGGACGUGCCUACUGUCGCCCGUCGGCAAUAGAGUCUCGGUAUUUGACCUGAUCAACAACAAAUCAUACACUCUACCCUUCGCACAUAGAGUCAACAUAGUCCGGACAGCCCUUCAUCCAGCGGGCCAGCUGCUCUUGACCAUCGACGAAUCCGGGCAUGCUAUUCUCUCGCACUUCCAGCGCCGAAUCGUGCUCUACCAUUUCUCGCUGAAAAGUGCCGUAUCGGCUUUGACCUUUUCUCCAAGUGGCGAUCACUUUGCUGUAGGGCUUGGCAGAAAGAUCGAAGUGUGGAAGACUCCAUCCACCACUGGCGAGGAUAGCGGAUUGGAGUUCGCGCCAUUCGUGCGAUAUCGACAGUAUGCGGGACAUCACGAUACCGUUCAAAGCAUCCAAUGGAGUAGCGAUGGCCGCUUUUUCCUGUCGGCGAGCAAGGACUUGACAGCACGAAUAUGGAGCCUGGAUCCUGAGGAAGGCUUCAUGCCCACUGUUCUCGCUGGACACCGCACUGCUGUACAUGCUGCAUGGUUUAGCAAAGAUCAAGAAACGAUAUGGACUGUGUCCAAAGACGGUGCAUUAUUCCAGUGGCAGUACCUGCCUCCACCGGAUGCCGAUCCAGAGAAUGUGAGCGAAGACGACGAGCGAUGGAGGAUCAACAACAGGCACUACUUCUUUCAAGACCAAGCGCACCUCACGAUAGCGGCAUUCCAUCCAUCGUCAAAUCUGCUCGUCACGGGCUUUUCGAACGGGCUGUUCAUGUUACACGAGCUGCCCAGCUUCAGCGAGAUCCAUAAACUCUCCAUCUCGGCCUCCAGUGUAGACACUGUCUCUAUCAACCACACCGGCGAAUGGCUUGCAUUUGGCUCAUCUGCACUUGGUCAGCUUCUGGUGUGGGAGUGGCAAAGCGAGUCCUACAUCUUGAAGCAGCAAGGGCAUUUCGACAGCAUGAACGCUUUGACUUACUCUCCCUCUGGAGAUCGUGUAAUCACAUGCGCCGACGACGGCAAGAUCAAAGUCUGGGACACAACAUCCGGCUUCUGCAUCGUCACAUUCACGGAACAUACGUCUGGAGUCACAGCUUGCGAAUUUGCGAAGCGUGGAAAUGUGCUCUUCACAGCAUCACUUGAUGGCAGUGUACGCGCCUUUGAUUUGAUCAGAUACCGAUGCUUCCGAACAUUCACAGCGAGUAAAAGACUGCCGUGGACAUCUAUUGCGGUGGACCCUAGUGGCGAAGUAGUCGCGGCUGGCUCCACAGAUGACUUCGACAUCCACAUCUGGAGCGUUCAGACAGGACAGUUGCUGGAUCAGCUAACAGGCCAUGAAGGACCAGUGUCAUCGCUUGCCUUUGCACCUAAUGGAGGGAAUCUCGUCUCGGGCAGCUGGGAUCGCACCGUCCGCAUAUGGUCGAUCUUCGGUCGAACACAAACGUCAGAACCUAUACAGCUCCAAGCAGAUGUGUUAGCAGUGACGGUACGACCUGAUGGGCGGCAAAUUGCGGCAUCAUCGCUAGACGGACAGCUUACGUUCUGGAGCCUCAGCGAAGCGACGCAAGAAGCUGGCUUGGACGGCCGACGAGAUGCAAGUGGAGGCCGCAAAGCGACAGAUCGAAGAACUGCAGCCAACGUGGCUGGAACGAAGAGCUUCGGCACCAUCGCAUACAGCGCAGAUGGCUCUGUGUUGCUCGCCGGUGGCAACAGCAAAUAUAUCUGCCUGUACGCGGUGGAGACUGGUGUGCUACUGCGAAAAUUCACAGUGUCCGUCAACUUGAGUUUGGAAGGGACACAGGAAUUCCGAAACUCAAAACUGUUGACAGAAGCCGGACCACGCGCACUGUUGGACGAGCAAGGCGAAGCAUCAGAUCUCGAAGACCGCAUGGACACGAGCCUGCCCGGGGCCAAACGUGGAGAUGCUGCGCAAAGAAAGAUAGCAGCAGAAGUGCGAGUACCAGGAGUGACAUUCUCGCCAACAGGCCGAGCGUUCUGCGCAGCGAGCACAGAAGGCCUACUCAUCUACUCACUGGACGCCGGCGCCGUUUUCGAUCCUUUCGACCUCGACGUAGAUGUUACACCGGAGAACACGUUAGCAACACUUCGGCAACAAGACUGGCUGAAGGCGAUGGUAAUGGCUUUCCGGCUGGGCGAUCUGAAGCUCGUGCGCAAGGUCUAUCGUGCAAUUCCAGUGUCCGACAUUGGCCUCGUUGUUCGCGACCUCCCACAGGUUUACUUGGACCGACUGCUUCGAUUCGUUUCAAAAGAGUCAGACCAGAGCCCGCACCUUGAACUGAACUUGCUCUGGAUGGAAAGCCUGCUCAACCAGCAUGGUCGCCUCUUGAAAGAACGACAAGGUGAAUAUGCUGAAGUGGUACGAAUGAUGCAAAAGGCGAUCGCAAGAGUGCAAGGAGAAAUCAUGAAAGUGGCCAACCAGAACAACCAUACACUUGAUUACUUGCUUGCUCAGCCGACAGCGUCAGUCGACGCAACACCCAAGAUGCUGGCUAUUACGAGCGGUGGAGCAGAUGAAGACGAAAGUAUGGCUGACAGUGACGAAGACGGUUGGCAUGGAUUAGGAUAG